UCAGUGUUUUUUUCGAUAGUGGAUUGAUAGUCUGAAGGAAAGGAAUUCCGCGGUAUCAUCCGGGUGCAAAUGUGCAGUAGUGAAUUUAGACGUUAAAUAGUGAUUCAUACGUAUGGUUAUGAGUUAUAAUUAAUGAAUCUUACUCACAGCAAUGGAAGAUACACAUAUUUACAUACAUAUCAAAGACAUAAAUACUGUGAUCAUCCUAAAUCAAUAAACAUUAUCUAGUACCGCAUGAUGAUAUACAUACAAAUGUCUACCUCGAGUAAUUGACACUGAUAUGCAAAUACCUAAACAAGUAGGGAAACCGGAAGAUAGAUGCUUCAAGUAUGGAAGGUUUUGUUUGUUUCCUAUGGGAUCGCAUUAUAUUUGAAAAGUCCACUGAAGAAGAAUUCGACUGUUUCACCAGUGAUAUGCUACGAGGUUGGUGUACUAAGUUUGAGCAAUGUAAGUUCAUGGUUGAUGUCAUUAAAAGGCCUUCGCUGAACAAAGCUAACCGGCUCUACCUCAGACGCAGUCGGUGUGCCGACCGGAAUGGUGACAUAAUGAUAUGUUGUCCUCUUAAUUCCACGAUACUAGGACAUAUUCCUAACAUGGGUUUGCUUCCUUCGCCGGGAGAGUGUGGGUUCACGUUGAGUGAUAAAAUUUUCGGCGGAACACGAACACGUAUCGACGAACACCCUUGGAUGGUUCUAUUGCAGUACCUAGUAGACAGUCCUGAUUUAGUCUUUGGAUGCGGUGGAGUCCUGAUCAACCAUCGUUACGUUCUCACCGCAGCUCACUGCGUAAGAAAAAUUACACAAUAUGCUAGGUUGAUAAGCGUUAGAUUAGGCGAAUGGGACAUCCGUACUGAAAUUGACUGCGAAUUCGACAAUUGCAAUAAUUCGCCUAUUGAUGUGCCUAUCGAGAGGGUUAUUCCCCACGAACUUUACCAGCCUGAGCAACUCUCCCAACAUAACGAUAUAGCUUUACUGAGGUUAUCUCGAAAUAUUAACUACACAGAUUGGAUAAGACCUUUAUGUUUGCCGUUAGGGCCAAGAGAAUUGGACGAGACGUACGAAGGCGUCUACAUGAAUAUUGCAGGAUGGGGAAGGACAGAAAAUGGAAGUGCAAGUAAUGUAUUACAGAAAGCUGGUAUAGCUGGUGUGAACAUUGAUGACUGUAAUAGAUUAUAUAAUCGAAUAAACGUUACAUUGAAAAACUCACAAAUCUGCGCAGGCGCUCAAGGGGGAGUCGACUCGUGUAAUGGCGACUCUGGCGGGCCUUUGAUUGCAGAGAGUGAUGAUAGAAUUCCUCAUCUCUAUGUUGCUGGAAUCACAUCAUUCGGACCGUCCCGUUGCGGAUUUAAGGGACAACCCGGAAUCUAUACGCGUGUUAACAGCUUCGUAAACUGGAUUAUGAGCCAUCUUAGACCGUAAAACAACUUUGUAUAAUGAAACAAAGACAAUAUGUUUUUUUCUUUUUGUGAUAUUUAUUGAUAGAUAGUUAGAAUUCUCCCUUUUAUACAUUAUAAUAAAUUUAACUUUAAUAUACA